UAGGUGUGUUGUUCAUUCGGAAGUCGACCAUUUUUAACGACUCACGCGUGUCGCUAACGUUAGCUAGCCGAGGCUACUGCCUGACGUCGUCGUUGAGUAAAGCGCUAAACCUGUAAGGUGUGCAGGCCUGCGGGGAGGACAUUGUGGAAAUGGUUGACAUGGAAGACGAAACCUUUGCCAUUUCCAGUUCCUCAGCCAUAGAUACAGCCUUCGACUCUGUUAUUGGAUGCAUAGAAGACAUCAUCAUGGAGGAGGAGUUCCAGCAGCUGCAGUUGAGCUUCAUGGAGAAACACUACCAGGAGUUUGACAACACUGAUGAGAACAAACUCAGCUACACAACCAUCUUCAAUGAUUAUGUGGAACAGUUGGAAAAAUACGUGGAGCUGCAGCUGAUCAGGAGGAUCCCCGGCUUCAACAUGAGCACCUUCAUUGAACAUCUCAUGCAGCACAAAGACGAGGUGGCAGGUGACAUAGUGGACAUUCUGCUGUCUUUUAUUGAUUUCAUGGCCUUCAAGGAGAUGGUUCUGCAAUAUAAAGUGGAAAAGGAGGGACGGAGUCUGGACCUGAGCCAAGGCCUGGUCGUCACACCUUUGACCCCUGCAGCUUCGAGCUACUCUGGAUGCAAUCAAUCACAGUGACACACAGACCAUAGACCCAAGUACGCCUCUAGUCUUCAUGUGUUUAUGUGAAGUAUUUUUUAUUUGACGUAGUGAUCAGCUCACCCAGUCAACAGACAAUUUAGAUGGAUGGACAAUUUCAUGUCUCCAACCGACUUCUACAUACAUGUUUUUGGACUGAUGGAGGAAGCCAAAUUAUCACCCACACAAGCAUAGGGAACUCCACACAGAAAGAGUCAAGAGUCAAACCCACAUCCCAACUUGAACCUUCCUCUUGUCGUGCAGUGCUAACUAGUGCAGUCCCUUCUAAAUCUUUGUGCAUGAUUAAGAUGAAAAAUACACGUGACAGCAGCCUCAUUGUCAUUUUACUCUCCUCUAUUCAUAAAUGUAUUCUGAAGGGUUCUUUGAAGAAUACUAAAAUUUUUGUUUGCAGA